CUAUCUAUCUAUCUAUCUAUCUAUCUAUCUAUCUAUCUAUCUAUCUAUCUAUCUAUCUAUCUAUCUAUUCAAUUCAAUUUUAUUUAUAUAUCGCCAAUUACAGUCAGAUUGUCUCAAGACGUUUUCCAGAACCCAUAUGAACCCCCAGAGCAGCCCUAAGGAGACACAGGCAAGAAAAACUCCCUUUAACAGGAAGAAACCUGGAACAGAACCUGGAUCUUUAUGUGGGGAACCAUCUGCUGCUGGAAGGAGGUAGAGAGGAACAAGGAACAUAGAACACACAGAUGGAUCCAUGUAUGAUCAGACAGAUGAUUCAUACAAAGUAGAAGCUAACAUGUAAACUGAUCCAUAGUUUCCUGUUCUGGUGUACAGCUCUGGCAUUAAAUCUACUCCAUAUAUAGCUGGUAGUAAAAUUCAAACAGUAUGUAGAAGAGCAGAUCAAGUAAAGUGAGGAUGAUGCAGAGUUGACUGGUGGAAAAGGGGAGCUGGAAGCAGUGGACUGGAGGAAGGUCAGCAGCAGCAUCCCACAGUGGACAUGAUGGAGACUGGACCAGCUGGUGGAACAUCAACCGCAGAUCUGAAGCAUCCAGCUCUGGGACCAGGGACACUCGGAGAAGGGACACAGGGACAAACAGAGCUAGUGUAAUGCAAUAACGGUAUAUAUAUUGAAUAUAAAGGUAGAUAGAGAAGGGCUCAGUGCAUCCAGAGAGGUCCCCCAGUCAGCCCUAACUAUAAGAUUUGUCAAAAAGGAACGUUUUAAGCCUGGUCUUAAAAAUAGAGAGGGUAUCUGCCUCCAGAACCCAAACUGGGAGCAGGUUCCACAGGAGAGGAGCUGAUAACUGAAGGCUCUGCCUCCCAUUCUACUUUUAGAGAUUCUAGGAAUAAGAAAGUCUGCAGUCUGAGAGCCAAGAGUUCUGCUAGGAUAAUAUGAUACUAACAGGUCUUUAAGAUAUGAUGGAGAUUGGUUAUUAAGAGCUUUAUAUGUCAGAAGAAGGAUUUUAAAUUCUAUUCUAGAUUUAACAGGAAGCCAAUGAAGAGAAACCAGUUUAGGAUAAAUAUGAUCUCUCUUGCUAAUCUAUCUAUCUAUCUAUCUAUCUAUCUAUCUAUCUAUCUAUCUAUCUAUCUAUCUAUCUAUCUAUCUAUCUAUUCAGGGAGGGGCUCCAGUGGCUCCUGUCCAACAUGAUCACUGCUAUUGAUAGGCAGAUAUUUUCCCACUUCCACAGAGUUUCAGUCAGAGAAAAAAACUGAUCUUUUCCUGUACAUUUUAGAUUCAGACAGAAUGGUUUGAUUCUCAAUUUUAGACUUGGAGAGUCUGUUUUUAUCUGAGCUGCAGAAAAAUUAAUCUGAUAUGUAUAUAUGAGAGGUUUCCAGUUUUAGUCUCAGAAGAAUCACAGUAAUGUCAUGCCACACAGAACAAAGGUGUCUUCAUUUCCUUGUUUCCUCUCCUUACUUAAUCUCCUUGUUUUGUCUCCUUGUUUCCUCUCCUUAUUGAAUCUCCUUAUUUAAUAUUCUUGUUUCCUCUCCCUUUUUCCUUUCCUUGUUUCCUUUCCUUAUUUAAUCUCCUUAUUUAAUCUCAUUGUUUCCUUUCCUUGUUUCCUUUCCUUAUUUAAUCUUCUUUUUUUAAUCUCCUUGUUUGCUUUGUGUCAUACAUGCUGCAGUGCUCAGGCUAUUGUUAGUUCAGGUUAGUUAGGGUUAGUUUGGAUUAGAGUUAGUUACGGUUAGUUAGAAUUUGAUCAGGUUUGUAGGGUUAGGGUUUCUUCAGGUUAAGUUAGAGUUAGAUAGGAUAGCGUUGUUCGCGUUAGAUCGGGUUUCGUUUGGGUAAGUGAGGGUUAUUUAGGGUUAGGCUUAGUUAGGGUUAGAGUUAGCUAGGGUUAAAUAGGGUAGGGUUACUUAGUGUUAUAUUUGGUUUGUUUGUGUUGGGGUUAGUUAGGGUUCCUUAGGGUUAAGCUUAUUUCGUGAUCAAUAAAGUUAAGGUUAGAUAGGGUAGAGUUGGUUAACGCUAGAGCGGGGUUGUUUGGGUAGGGGUUAAUUAGUGUUACUGUGGGCUAAGUUGCAUUCAGGUUAGAGUUCGUUAGGUUAGGGUUCGGGUUAAAUCAUCAUUUGUGUAAAGACAGACUCCAUAUUGCAUGUUUGUUGUUGGUUUAGGCGGAAGCUCAGAGGAGAUAAAGCCUUCUCUGUUGCUCUUCCCAGAUUGUGGAAUAAUCUACCGAUGCACAUCAGAGAGGCUCCCUCACUGUCGGUUUUUCAAACGAAACUCAAAAACCUAUUUUUAUUCACUGGCUUUUAACACAGCAUGAGAUUCUGCUUCUGUUUUACUGUGUUACUGUCUUAAUAUGUGGAUGUUUUAUUUAUUGUUUUAAUGUUUUAAUUCAUUGUUUAUUGUACAGCACUUUGUUUCAGCGGCUGCUGUUUUAAAGUGCUUUAUAAAUAAAGUUGAAUUGACAUGUUGGUAGACAUGUUGGGAAACAAGUAUCUAUUAGCUGUGUUUCCAGCAUGUGGAAUUGUGGAGGUAAACUGGAGAGUUAAUAGCAUUAAGUAAACACGAAUGAAAACCAUAAGUUAAAGUGAUGCAACUUAACAGGAGUUUUCAAAAUGGAGGCAAACAGGAGUUAAAUGGAUGGAGUGAUAUCACACAGGUCAGUGGUAUGGCUUAGCUUACCUGAAUGGUAAAUGGUCUGUAUUUAUAUAGCACUUUACUAUACCUGCAAGGUACCCAAAGCGCUUUACAUUAUACAUCAUAUUCACACAUUCACACACACAUUCACACACUGAUGGGGGAAGCUGCCAUGCAAGGCCCUAACCACGACCCAUCAGGAGCAAUUAGGGGUUCAGUCUCGACAUGAGCACGACGGGCCGAGGAUGGAACCGGCAACCCUUCGGUUGCAAGACGGCCAAUCUACCUACUGAGCCAUGCCAUGCCCUACCCUACCCCAACCCCAACCCUAAGCUAACCCUACCCCUCCCCCUACCUUACCCCAGAUCCCAAAAUGAAACACGUGAUCUCUACAGAGAGUGGCUGAUCUAAUGAUAACCUUAAUGAUAAUCCUAACCCUGGCCAACUCACCUUUUGAGUGCUACAACAUGGACAAGCUGGAACAGACCCAGUGUCAGAAACUAAAGACUUCUGUGGCUGCAAAGAACCUGAGGAACAGAUGAAGAUCAGAUUGUAGAUAGCAAAAGACAGAACAUGGGGGUAGUUUCUAACAGUCAGGUGUGAGGUGAUGGGGAAGACAUGAUUCCUGACAUCUGUUAGCAACAUCAGCUGCAAAGAUGCAGUUCUCUGUUCUUUAGAAGGAAUGAAACACAAAAUGUCUGUCAAAAAGAGUGAUUACUUCAGCAGCAUCAACAAGUUCCUCACAUCUGUUGGUGCACUGAAGGUUGGUUUGGACCUGAGAGAUGUGAGAACACAUUCUACUAAAGCAAACAGUGCAUUUCUUUCUUUACUACUCUUUGUUUCUUGUCAAUCUCUUUUCUCUGAGCUCCAAAAGCAUCAAAGCAGGGUCUCUGAAUAUUACUAGUGGGAGAAAAUGGCUUAAAAGUGCUGUAAUUUCAGAAAUAGUUUCUCAUAAAAAGAUGAAUAUUCUGUUCUUGCAAGAGAAAUAUUGAAACUUGGCGACGAGACAGAUUGGGGUUUAUAGUGGGAAGGUUCCUACACCCUUCGUGCAUGGUUCCUGUUCUCUGUAGGGGAACUUCAGAUGAUGGAUGGCUGAAGGUCAGCUGGUUGUCAGAAUUGGAAUAUUUUGCUUUCUGCUUUGCAAACAUGUAUGCAACAAGGAGCAGAAAGAGUUGGAUUUUUCAGAAGCUGCAAAAUAAACUGAACAAAUAUCAUCAUCAGAACCUUCUUAUCCCUGGUGAGUAAAUCUGACCAAAUAGGUGAGGAGCCCUGCCCACUCAACAGCAUCACCACACACCUGGAUCUGAAAGACCAGAAGAGUCAAACACCCACAAACCAGACGUUGUACAUGGGUGAGGGACAUUUAAAGUGGUGAGAUGGUAUCAUCAUAACCCUGAUCAUCUGAAGUCCUAGCUGUGACCCUCUGAACAACAGCUUUCUGUUUGAGGAAGCAGAUAACCUGCCUGAAGCUUCCAAGAGACUUAGUGACCACCAACUCAAGAUAAGCAGCUAAGCAGUGGACUUCCAUGCUCCUGGAGGGUCUCAGCCCAGAGAACAGAGAUACCGCAUAGUGAGAGUCUCUCUACUGACUUUUAAAUCAGCUCUAGAACAUCACUGGUUCUGAACCAAAGAUUGCUGCUCAAGUGUCUCAAACAUUUUCCUGUUUCCAGCCAGUAGUUCUGUCUCUGCUCCCCAAGAAAUGAGACCUGACCUGAAGACUUAGAGAUCAGAGGUCCUUCUAUGUAAGAUGACAACAAGGUGCUUCCUAUCAGGCAUGUGGAUUCUGUAAAGCGUCUUGAGACAAUUUGACCUGUAAUUGGCGCCAUAUAAAUAAAAUUGAAUUGAACUGAAUCAUCCUACUGACUCAAAGACUUUCUGGAAGUAUUUAUAAAUAUGGGCCAGAUGUGGGAUGGAGAGACUGAAGACAAGUUCCCUCUGUCCAUCACCCCACUGUAGGGGAGUAGUGAAGGUGUUGUGAUCAGGCAGGUAAGGCACUGGAAGGACCAAUCAGAGGCUAAGCUGCAGGACUGAGCUACUGGUUCCUCUCCUGCUCCUUAUCCUAACGCUGUGAAUGAAUUUACAGAAGUGAUUAUGAGCUCCAUAGCAAAGCUGGUAGAUUAUAUCGUUUCCAUGGUAACAGUUCAUAUUUUUUCCGAAACCAGAAUUUGUGGUUCGACAAAUCUAUCCUCACUGCUCUGACCACUGCUUAGAACUCGGGCUUUAUCAGCAGCUGUAUGGAGGAAGACAAGGCGGUAUCAUACAGACUGAGGUGAGCAUGAAGGACGCUAGGAGGCACUACAGGAACAAACUGGAAUCACAGUUUCAACAACACAACACCAGAAGCUGCAUAUGACAAUGGACUACAAGAGGAGAGUUGUCAUGGUGAGAGCAGACAGGCUGAUGGCCUGAAGCUAAUGCCAGCACAGAAUCUAGCACUAAUGCUGAAGCUAGCAUGCUAACCAACGUGGCUAACAGGUCAAUGUGAACACACAAUCACUGUUCCAGAGGGCGACAUGAGGAGGACACUGAGGAGAGUCAGCACCAGGAAGUCGGUCCAGAUGGGAUCCAGGAAGAUGCUGAAGUCCUGACCUACCAGCUCCAGUGUUCACUCCUCUGUCCAACCUCUCCUUGGUCACUGUCUGGUCCCCACCUGUCUGAAGAGAGCCGUUAUUGGUCCUGUACCAACAAAUGUCUCUCCAGCAUCAGUGAUCUCCACCCAGCAGCUCUGAAGUCAUCCAGUGUUCUGAGACUAACCAGGAAGAUGAUCUGGUCUUUGCUCCUGAGUCUCUGGAUCCACUUCAGUUUUCUUAACGGCCAAACAGAUCCACUGAUGAUGAUCUCUCAAGUUCUGGUCUCCACCCUCACCCAGCUGGACAGGUAGAGCAGACAAUUUGAGAAUGCUGUUGAUGGAUUUCAGUUCAGCUUCCAGGACCACUACAUCUCCAAACUCCAGUCCAAUCUGUCCAGUCUGGGUCUGAGCACCUCCCUGGGACUGGAUUCUGGAUUUCCUGCCCACUAGAACCCAAGUGGUCCGAGUGGGCGGACACAUCUCCAGACCUGAACACCAGAGCCCCCAGAGGGGAGUCCUCAGCCCUCUGAUCUUCUCCUUUCCAUGACCAUGUGGCUACGAAAAGCUGUAACAUCACUGGAGAUCUGCUGAUGACAAUCGUGGUCGGAUCAGAACCAACGAUGAUCAGACGAAUACAGAGGAGGUUGAUGGUCCAUCAUGGUGGAGUCAGAAGAACAAUCUGCUGCUGAACAUCAGUAAAACCAGGGAGCUGAAGGAGGAGUUUGGAAGAAACCAGCAGAGGAACUACACUGAGGAUUAACGGGUCACUGUGGAGAGGAUGAGCAGCUUCAGUACCUGGGACUGAACAUCUCUGAGGAUCUGUCUGGUCCAAGCACAGACCACCAGGCUGUACCUUCAUCUCCUCAGAGUCUCUCUGAAGGUCCUGAAGACAUUUAAUAAUGGAGUGGUGGAGACUCUGACUGGGAAUAUCACCCAGUUGGUCAGGAACAGCACUGACUGAACCAGAGAUCCUGCAGAAGGCUCUGAGGUCAGCAGAGGGAACCAUGGGUACAGCACUCCCCAUCCUGGAGGACAUCUACACCAGGAGGACCAGGAUCAUGGAGGAUCAACACCACCUAGCCAUAGACUGUCUAAGAAGCUACAUUCUGGCAGAAACCCGAGAAACAUCAAGGAAAAUACAGACUCAGGAGGAGCAAGUAGUCAGAACUGAACUCUGAGCUCAAAAUAAACACCGUCAUCUGCAUCACAGAACACUGGACUAAAGGAAACAUGUAAAUAAUAACAUGCAGUUUGUUCUGCAAAACGUCUUAUUGUGUCUACAUUCAAAAAGAAUUACUGCAUUUCACUGCAGAUUGUCUGAGCAUGUGGCAAAUAAAAAUUCUGGACAGGUUUCGUUCUAACAGGGGAAAAGAAGUCUAACAAAUCUAAAGGAUCUGAACCCAAAGGAGUGGAGUUGGACUGAGUUCUGUGGUCCAGAUGUUAAAACCUUAGAGAGCUUAUCGCUGCUUCAUUAAAGGGACUUUUAAAACCAAACCUCCUCUUCCUCACCAGUGAUAGAAUUACAUCAUGCUCCUCUGAGAGAUGCUGCUGUUGCUAGGUUACUACCAGCUGACUCCCUGUUCCAUUUUUAGAAGGAUGCUGAGAGACGGAGAGGUGGGGGAGGGGAUCGAUAGAGAAGGGAACCGAGAGAUGAAUUAAAAACAAUACUUGACUGAAACCUCAGCCAUCAAACCUAGAAAAGAAACCAGAAAGCUUUAAUUUUCAUCCUGUCCACAGCUGCUGUCUAAAAACAUUCUGAUUAUUGUCAGUAUUAAACAACAGACAUGUUAGACAAAAUACCACACGUUAACCUGACACCCGACAGCUGUAGGAGAAUAAAAACUGCUUCGGCUCAGAUUCUGCUCCAUCACUGCAGGGUGAGGUGAAAUGCAUGCUGGGAUGCCUGUCUGUCCUGAUAAAACAGAGAAAGGUCCACCUUUAUCAGCAGUGUUUGAAAUGUUUCAGACAGCAGCAUGUAGAGCUGCUUCCAGUCUCUACAGCAGGAUGUGUAGACAAUGAAAUGAGUAAAUGUUAUUGUUUCUCCUUAAUAUAGUAAAAGAAUGGUGACGUAAACAGAAUGCUGACUCAGAGACAUGACGACGACGAUGAUGAUGAUCUACGUACCUGAACUAUCAUUUAUGUUUUCAGAUAGUCAGUAACAUAUUGUACAAACUAUUAAAAAUAACAUGAAGUGGUGUGGACACAGGACAUUAGUGAUUAUGAGAUAUUACUGAGAACAGAGCAGGACCUACACACACACUUCAUCAUCAUGAAUCCAUGCAGUGUUUAGGUCGAUGCUACACAUCUGAUUGGUUUACACGGUAAGUCCAGAUGUCUCUAGAUGUUCUGAACUGAGGAGCACAUUAUUCUAUUCUUUAGGAAUGAUCUGUAUAUAUUAGGGGUGUAACGAAAUGGUCAACUCACCAAAACGAUACGAAAUACGAAACAGGGCUCAUGAUACGAAAUACUCACGAUAUGAAAUAAAGAUUAAAGAAAAUCCCCAACAGUAGGAAGUUAUGCAAAAAUCUCAUUGUCUUUAUUUUCUUCCUUAUACAGACAUACAAAAAAUAAUGCUGCCUCAGUACAAAAUACACGCUCUUUGAAAAAAAACCAAAAUUGUAGUUUUCUUCCUCUUAUUUAGACUACAGUGCAAAUACAAACAUAAAAUCUCAAUAAAAAAUAGUGCUUUGUUGUUGUAAUAAUCAGGAUAACUACAUUCUUGAAUGAAAAGGAAAACAAAUAGCAGUCCUAGGAGCUGCAGUCUAGACUUAUAAAUGUCUCACUGUGAACUAGUACUCGCCGCAGUAUACAGCGAACUGUAGCGGCAUAUUUUGCACACGGUUUUUGUUUUGUCCACAAUCUUCUCAUCGUUCUCUUGUCAUUUACAUAGGAAGCCAAAAUAGGUCCACACAACCGAUUUAUGUUAGGAAGGAGCGCUAGCUAAUUCCUCAAUCUCGUCUUCCUUCAUUUUGAAGCGAGUGUUUUGCUACGGUAGGCGAGGAGGGUCAAAAAUCAUCAUAGUCAAUCAUCGCACCCCUUCGCGUUUUUUAUUUCGUGCUUUUAUUUCGUGCAUCUUUGAAUUUUAUUUCACCAUUUUUUAUUUCGCCCUAAUAUGUAUACGUAUAUAUAUAUAUAUAUAUAUAUAAUAGUUCUGCUGGUCAACCCUGAUGAUGGAAUAAAGCUGCACUGAACCAUCAUUCGGUUCAACUGAUCUGAUCCUGAUCUUAAAGUAGAGAGGCUGUCUGCCUCCAUAACCCAAACUGGGAGCUGAUAAGUGAAGGUUCUGCUUCUAAAACCUCCGGAACCAACAAUCAAACUGCAGUCUGAGAGGGAAGGGUUCUGAUAGGAUGAUCUGGAACAAUCAGGCUCAAGAAGAAUCAGACACCAUGGAGCUGCUCAUUCAUAGUUUAAAUGUUAGAAGAAGGAUUUUAGAUUCUAUGCUGGAUUUUACAGGGAGUCUUUAUUUUCUAAUUUCCUCUCUUUUCAGUUUUAUUUUUCAGAUUUUAGUACAAAGUCCCAGUUUGUUAUUAUAACUUAUAGUAUUAUGUUAUGAACUCAAUAAACUCACUGAGCACAAACCCAUCAUGUACUAACAGGGCUUUUAUUGUGAAAUACCACCAUUAUAGUAGUUUGAUCCUAAAAAAAAAAAAAACAUGUCAGGAACCUUUAAGGUGACCAUUCUGUGAGACAGUAGAUCACAGUAUUAGUAUAACUGUAGUUCUAUUCUACAGUAAACAGUGACCCUCUGCACCAGGAGUCUGUCCACACUUGUUUUAACCUCGCCUGAUUUUAGGGCUUUAUUUUGUGAAUGAUUAAACAUAAACUCUGAGCAGAUUCACAGACUGUAGCAGGUUCAGACUAUCUCUGUGACCUUCUGUGAUUUGGUCCACUCUGGUCCACCUCUCAGGUCUUUGGGGAGUCAUGAUGUCACAGGAGGAGGCAUCUUCCUUCAGGAGGUUUUUCCAGUAUGUGGAGGACAGCGGCCUUCGAACUUAUGAUGGUUUGGUGAUCCAGAAUGCUUCUGACAUCGCCAGAGAGAGUGAUCGCAUUCGCAACCAGACCAACUGGACCUACCUGCAGGAAAAACAUCAGAAGAAGAGACGGCAGGAGGAAGCCAUCAAAAGGAUUGGUGAAGACGUUGCCAUGGCAACAGAUGGGGCAUACUCUGGGAAACAUUUCAGGAUGGGUUUCAUGACGAUGCCGGCACCACAGGACCGCCUGCCCCCUAGCCAAGGCUUCACUGUCCGAUCCCAGUCCCUGCACUCUGUGGGUGGAGGAGAUGAUGACUCCAACCACAACCGCAAACAACCACCUCCCAAACCCAAACGAGACCCCAACACCAAACUAAGCAGCAGCUCUGAGACAGUGGAUGGAAGCUCUGGACUCACCAAGAGAGACCACCAAGAGACCAAAGAGACACCUGAGCAGGCAGAAGCUCGAUGCCAUUUCCACACCGAGGACUCCAAGAAGAUGCCGCCACCAAAACCCAAGAGGAACCCCAACACUCAGCUUAGCACCUCCUUUGAUGAGUCUUACAUCCGUAACCACAGCAACAAGAAGUCUUCCUUCCGAUGGGACAAAACUUCAUCCCAAAGUCAGAGUCCAGCAUCUAGAGACACAGAUGACGAAGAGCCAGUUUACAUCGAAAUGGUUGGAAACAUUCUGCGAGAGCUGAAAGGUCAGAAGGCUGUGGAAGAUGAGCAGAGCGAGUCAGUGUACGAGGAGAUGAAGUAUCCAAUACUGGAGGACUUCCUGCAGGAUGCUCAGUCUGCCAUCAUGUAUCCUGAUGCAUGGUCCUCCCGUGGCUCGCUCUGCGACAUCCCUCCACCUUUCCCCAACCUCCUGACUCACCGCCCACCGCUGCUCGUCUUCCCCGCCGCCCCUGCUCAGUGCUCCCCCAACUCGGACGAGUCCCCCCUCACCCCCUUAGAUGUAACCCGCCUCCCCAUGUUAGAAAAUGUAUCAUACAGCAAGUCAGGUGGUGCUGAACACCCACAGACCUCCACCCAUCACCGCAAAGAACGGGACCGGGACCGGGACCGGGAUCGAGAUCUACCCUCCACCCACACCAUCACAUCUUCUGGUCGCUCAUCAGCACCGCCUCUUCCUUCCAACAUCUACAAGUCAGCAGGCUCCACCCACAGUGGUCAUGGUUAUCCCCGCAGCCAAUCAGCUUGUCCUUCUCCGGUCAGCAUGGGUCGCUCCCUGACUCCUCUGAGCCUGAAGAGACCACCACCCUACGAUACUCUGAUAGCAGGAGGAAGCAUGCCUCGCUCUUCAUCCUCAUCUUCAUCGUCCUCACAUAGGGCUGGGGAGGGUGGAGCUAAGCUCAGCAACUCCUCCUCCACCCACGGCUCCAUGCAGAACAUGUCGAUGAGGUCACAGACUCCAACGAGCCCAAUGGAAGAACUCAACAACCUGUUUACAUCAGGCAGACAGGUGAUGAAGAGGGGGUCAGGAGGAAGGAAGAGCAAGGAGGGUGAAGGAGACUGCAGGUCUCUGCCCCGACACAGCAGCAAAGACAGAGAUGGACAGUCCAGUCCAGUGUCCAGCAGGAUGGGAAGAUCGUCCGUCAGUCCCACCAUGAUGCUGACAGGAGGAGAGACAAAGUCUGCGUGUAAACUUGGCCGUUCAGCAUCGACAUCAGGAGUUCCUUCACCAGGCGGGACACCACAACGUCACCUCCACGAGCCACAUCAUCCAGCCCUCAGCCAGAUGCCGUGGCUCUGCGGAGACGCCACCAUGAUGGAGAUGAUCGAAAAGAAAAGAGUUUUAUGUCGAGAGAUCAAAGCUCGCCAGCGACCGGAGAAGAAUCUGUGCAAACAGGACAGCAUGCCCAUCCUGCCCAGCUGGAAGAGGAGGCAGCCGCCGCCAUAUUCAGCACCGCCCACCGCCACCGGACACACCACGACGGUCUUCUGGGACACCGCCAUCUGAAGACGACAAUUAGAAACACAACACACACUGCAGGGCCAUGAGACAGCCGAUCAGACGCUUUACUGUUAGUGUUAAGAGACAGCAAUUAACCAAUUACAGCAGAAAAUUCACCUUAAAGAACAAAUUUAUGGUUCAGACCAGAGUUUUUAUGGCAUUAAGCUCCUUUGAAACGUUGUGACAGUCCGCUUUAAACAAACAUUUGGAUGAAAACUAUCAGAGAAAAACAGGGACAAGCUGAAACAAACAAACAAACAUUAUGUCAAAGAUACAUAAAACAUAAAAGCUAAUUUUACCAACUAAUUUCUCGGUGACUCAUCAAGUCGGACAGAUUAAUGAUCAGUUUGUAACUUUAUUAAAAUAUUGAAAUCUGUUUUUCUGAAACCUCCACUAACAUGUCUGUCCUCUGAUGGAGACGACUUUUCAGUAGGACAACAGGAAAGUCUUCAUCCUCACUAAGUUACCAACACAACCCACUCACAGGUGUUGUCCUGCCGUCCAAUCAGAGGGCAGGAAGACGUGGUCGUCCAGGUGUAGCAAAGCUUGCCGUCGUCUUUCUACUCGUUAUUUUUCUAUCUGUAAAAGUUUCCGAUGUUUUUUUAAAGUCUGACAGUCGUGUAGCAGAAAAUGAAUUUCUAAACUUUCGUCUGUGAUAAAAAUCACUCAACAUGUUUUUAUAUUUUAAGAAAAGAAUCAGUGAUGCUCAUCUGUGUGCUAAAGAAAAGUGGAAAGUGACAAGUUUUUAUAUUCAAAACACUUCAAUCAAGAUGAAAAUAACUAUUUUAAAGGGAGAAUAUUUUGGCAGAUUCCUUGUUGAUUUGGUGACACUGUCCCAAAAAUACAGACUGGACUCCAGUUUGAUCCACUUUGACUGUGGUUUGAUCCAGUUUGAUCCAAUUUGACUGGUUUGAUCCAGUUUGACUGGUUUGAUCCAGUUUGGUCCAGUUUAUUAAGUUUGACUGUGGUUUGAUCCCGUUUGAUCCAGUUUGAUCCAGUUUAAAUGUGGUUUGAUCCAGUUUUAUCCAGUUUGACUGGUUUGAUCCAGUUUGACUGGUUUGAUCCAGUUUGGUCCAGUUUGAUCCAGUUUGGCUGGUUUUAUCCAGUUUGGUCCAGUUUUACUGGAUUGAUCCAGUUUGGUCCAGUUUGGUCCAGUUUGACUGGUUUGAUCCAUUUUUUUCCAGUUUGAUCCAGUUUAACUGGUUUAAUCCAGUUUGACUGGAUUGAUCCAGUUUGGUCCAGUUUGAUCCAGUUUAACUGGUUUGAUCCAGUUUGACUGGUUUGAUCCACUUUGAUCCAGUUUCAUCCACUUUGACUGGUUUCAUCCAGUUCAUUAUUGAAAAUGAGAACUUGUUCUUUACUAAUUCAUCUGGUAAAAUAAAGGUAAAAUAAAAUAAAAAUAAUCGAGUUUGAGCUGCACAGUGGGUAGUGGUUAGCACUUUCCCCUUGCAGCAAGAAGAUCCCCGGUUCAAAUCCCGGCCUGGGCCUGGGAUCUUUCUGCAUGGAGUUUGCAUGUUCUCUCUGUGCAUGCGUGGGUUUUCUCCGGGUACUCCAAUUGUCUGUAGGUGUGAAUGUGAGUGUGAUUGUGUGUCUGUAUAUGUAGCCCUGUGACAGACUGGUGACCUGUCCAGGGUGUCCCCUGCCUUCACCAGAGUCAGCUGGGAUAGACUCCAGCACCCCCCGCGACCCUAAUGAGGAUAAAGUGGUGUAUAGAGGAUGGAUGGAUGGAUGGAUGGAUAAUCCAGUUUGAUCCAGUUUGACUGGUUUGAUCCAGUUCAUUAUUGAAAAUGAGAACUUGUUCUCAACUAAUUCAUCUGGUAAAAUAAAGGUUAAAUAAAAUAAGUGAUCCAGUUUGAGUGGUUUGAUCCAGUUUGAUCCAGUCCGACUCCACUGUCCAGCUGGCUGCAGUGAUGGUGGUGAUGACUGAGAUCACGUGUUUGAAUCUGAAUCCUGCUGGUGUAAACAAUGUGAACAGAGUGUUUAAAAUGCGCUGAUUGGAGCAGCUGAUCAGUCUUCUCCUCUCAUUGGUUGUCAGGCUCACCUGGAGGUCAUGUGACAGUCUGUAUUUCUGGGUCAGGAAAUGAGUGAUGCAAUCUGCAGAGAGUAGUACUUUGAUUAAUGCUGUGUAUUGAUUGUUGAUGAUCAUUAUGUCAAAUCAAAGGUAACUGAGACUGAAGCAAAGCAUUCUGGGAUUUCUGAUGAGUAUGAAUCAGCCUGAAGCCACAGAGAGAUUUCAUGUUUCAAUAUGCACACUCAAUACAGUCUGAUCAAGUGAUCAAUAUGUAGACUGAUCAUGUGAUCAAUAUGAAGAGUUUAUUUGCAAAAACAGAUAACUCCAUUUUUUAUAAAUUUUCAGAAUUAAAAAAAAUUUUUUUUUUACUUGAGAUAAUAUCAAUCAAACUGAAGUUGAAUGGAUUUGACUCAGUAGAAAAAGAGAAAAAUAAUCUCAAGUAAACAAUAAAAAAAAGUUUUCUGAAAAUGCAUGAAAUGGAGUUUUCUGUUUUUGCAAAUAAACUCUUCGUAUGCAAACUGAUCAUGUGAUCAAUAUGUAGACUGAUCAUGUGAUCAAUAUGUAGACUGAUCAUGUGAUCAAUAUGUAGACUGAUCAUGUGAUCAAUAUGUAGGCUGAUCAUGUGAUCAAUAUGUAGGCUGAUCAUGUGAUCAAUACUGACUGUGUUCACUUUGUAUUCUGUAUAAAAGGAUUCUCGUCGUCAUGAAACCAAGUGCACUUCUUCAGUUAGCAAAGCUUCACUUCACAUAAACAGCUAAUAAGAAUUCACAUAUUACUCAAACUAUUAUUCUAUAUUAUAUCUUAUUAUUCUGAUUGUUCUGAUCAAUCAAAUGUUCAUCAAAAUGUCUUCACUGCCUUUGUGCGUUAGAGAACCCGUGUCCUCAGAAUAGAAUUCUGUUCUCCACAAACUGCUCCACCACAAAGUUGCACCUCAAACUCUGACUGUUUGCUCAGAUAUCUGUCUGUUGUGUGAAAUGAUCUGUCUGUUUGCUCUCUGCAGCUCAAACACCACUAUCCUAUACGGUCUGCCAGAAAAAGAUGACAUGAAGGAUGUCAAAAGUCAGAAUGACCGAUAGUCCUCCAUCCAGUCCCAGACAGAGUCCAUACGUCCAAACGUAGGGUUAGAAACAAGCGGUGGUCUUUACAGAAAGCAUGACGUCUGGAUGCAGGACAUCUUGGUUCUUCUGACAUUUGACCUCCAGCCUAUUGGAAUGUAGCCAUUAGACUCAGGUCUGAACUGACCUUCAGUUAGCUUCAACUUUACCUGAGAAAUCAGCAGCAUCUCCAAUGACAAGCCAAUCGCAGAGAGGGGGAGGGACAGACACAAAUUCAUUAAAGUUAUCAUUAAUAUUAUUGUUAUUAUUAUGGUCUAUAGAAAAAUAAUAGUUGCAGGUGAUUAAAAAAGCCUUAACCAGUCACAUGACAUCUAAUGGUCACAUGAUAUCUAACGGUCACGUGAUAUCUAACGGUCAUGUGAUGUUUUGCUGCAGCAGGAAAUCAAAGUGGUUCUUUAUUAAUGAAAUGUGGUUUGAUGCAGAUGUUGUUGAAGAGUAUCAGUCAUGUGACAAUCAGGUCAUUGUUUCUUCUGUCCAUAUGAUGGCGCUGUGUCAGAAACCCCCACAUCACUGUGUUCUGUUCUCAUGUUGACCUGUGCACAGGUGUGUGGUGUUCCUUCAGUAUGUUGAUGUGUUUGCACUGAAAAUCAGGUGAAUGAGUUCAGCUUGUUUAUUUCUAUUGACUGUGAGGAGAAGAGAAUCAGUCCGAUUAUUGUGACUCUGUUUCAUCUUUAUGGGCCAUGAUGAUGGAAAUAAAUCAGAUUUUUAAUAAA